AUGACAUCUCCAAAAUUUCUCUUCUAUCUGAUGUGUUUGUUCUUCAGAAAAGUUGCUCAGACCACUGAUCCAAAACUCUCCUCAUCUCUUCAUCAAGACAGUGGUUUUGUAUCAGCUAAAACUGGGGAAAACUUCACUUUGAGAUGUUUCUAUAAAGGCGAUGUUGCUUCAAGGUUUUACUGGUAUAAACAAACUCUGGGACAGAAACCAAAGCUCAUCUCUACAUAUGAUAUAUAUAAUGCAAAGAGGAUUUUUCAUGAUGAAUUCAAGAACAAUUCACGCUUCACACUAGAUAUGGAAAAUGGUAAAAAUCACCUAAAGAUCACAGAUUUGCAUGUUUCAGACUCAGCUACUUACUACUGCGCAAGUAGCGUUACAUAUAUUUUUGAAUUUGCGGAGGGAACCUUAGUCAAUGUAGAAGGUUCAGGUUUGAAGGUCCCAGCUACGGUCCAUCAGUCAGCAUCUGAGACCAUCCAGCCAGGAGGCUCUGUGACUCUGGACUGUACAGUACACACUGGGACCUGUGAUGGAGAACACAGUGUUUACUGGUUCAAGAAGUCUGAAGAAUCUCAGCCAGGACUCAUUUACACCCAUGGAGGCAGCAAUGAUCAGUGUGAGAGGAAACCCAACACACAAACACACACCAAUCUGCAGGGUUACCAAGCUGCAGACAACCUCCAUUAUGCUGCUUUAAGUGUCAACCUGCCCAACAGAUCAAGAAGGCAGAGGAACAACACCAACGAUGAAUGUGUGUACUCCAGUGUUAAACAAUAGAGCUGGACAUGUUUCAUUUGCAUUGUGUGAGUGAAAUCUGAGGAUGUGUAAUGUAGAUUUAGAUAUAGAUCUUGAGAUAACAAGUUUUAUUAAGAUGCAGAUUCUUUGUUGUU